UUUGUUUAUUUUUCAAAAAAAAAAAAAAAAAAGUCUUGAUUCUCUCUUUCUCUUUCCUUCUUUUCUUUUUCCUGGAAAUUGUACUCUCUUUUCCUCUUAUCCCUCUCAGACUCACUCUCUCUAAUCUCUUUCGCUGAAGUGGGUAAAGGAGGAGAAAGAAAGCAGAGAUGAAGCAGCAUAAGCGUAAUAUGGAGGAGAUGAAGAAAUGGCCCUUCUUCUCAUAAUGGCUCAGCAGGGCAAAGCUUACAAUGCCAACACUACCCUUAGUAUUAGCGCCUGUAUCAGCCUUCUUAACUCUUCUACCACCAAACACCAUCGUCACCACCAUCAACUGAAGGCAAUGUUUCAUGACUUUCUCGGCUUGAAGCCGCCUACCAUCGAUUCCCCUGUCGUUUUGGCCUCUAAGAACGCUGAUGCGUCUCCUUCUGCCUCUAUCUCUGUUGGGGCUGCCUCUUCUGGUGGUGCCCGUGCUCCCCUUUCCACCACCUCUGAUCUCGCCUCUGAAAGGCAGGUUGGAAAUCAUCUUGAGGGUAUUCCGUAUUAUGGUCCAAGGAGUGACAUCUCUUGUUCUGAGAUAAGCAACAGAUUAGCAGGGAGUAAACGAAGUAAUUCAGAUACUGCCUUCACAGGAACUUCUAGGGAUGGGAUUCAACAAAUGGGCCAUGACUCACUUGAGAGCCUGCAUUUGAUGAAGAUGCUGAAGAAUGGAGGUGGAGGAGAGCGACCUAGAAGGUCCAAUGAUGACGAAGUAUUCUAUGGUAUGCAGACAAUGAGACCAACUUCUUCAUCUCUCAUUCUGCAAUCUUCUUCUGUUGGUAGACUUGAUGCUAAUGUUUCCAAGUGGGAGCGAUCUAUUCCCAUGGGAUCAGCUAUACAGUAUCCUCCUCGUGCGGGUCAGUUUGUUCCUUUUAUGCAUCAAGUUCCGGCAAACAAAUUCAGGGAUAUCAAUGCUGGUCCGUCGAUCAUCUCUCAAUCAGCUGCUGAUGAAGGAUCUAGAACUGGAAUUAAAGGUCCUGGCAUUUUGAGUUCUAUCAAUGCUGGCAGUGUUGUAUCCGAGAAAAAUUCAUCAGGGGCUUUGCCAAGUGGCAGCAAACCUAAGUCUGGAACUCAUAUUUCAGAGCCAGAGUCUUCAACUCCAGGUCGGCAGGGUUUAACAUCAGCUAGUCGUCAGAUGACUAUAUUUUAUGGUGGUCAAGCUCAUGUUUUUGAUGAUGUGCACCCAAACAAGGCAGAUGUUAUAAUGGCCUUAGCAGGAUCGAAUGGAGGAUCAUGGUCAACGACAUACUCGCCAAAACCAACUGUGAAGGCAGGUGGUGAAACCAGUGGAGAAAAUGAAGCAGUAAUGGCUGCCAACACGGCAUUCCGAUGGAGGUCAUCAGGCACUGCUGCAGUUAAUACUACUCAAGGAGUUGGCUCCGGAGACCGAAUCCCAACACCUACAGCAGGUAAGCAGGGCAGCAUUAUAACAAGUGAAGAGAUAAAAAACCAAGGUCAGGCAGGAGAAGCAAGUACUGAAGAGAAAAGAGAGGUGUAAGGCAAAGGAAAAGAUGAGAUUUGGAUUGUCUUGUUCAUAGAGAACUUAAAUGAGCCAUCAGAUUCAUGAUCAGAUGUAGACAUGACCAUGAUUCUCAUAUGAUUUUAUGAUUUUAAUUUGCUUGAAAUCAAAGAAGCAUUCCAACACUAA